GAGGGAGAGAGGAGAGACAGAUCAAGGGGGUGUCAUUCUAUUGACAGGACUACUUGCGAGGCAUUCCCCCCUGUACAGAGCAGGACACAGGCUCAGCUGCUCUCCUCUAUAGUUUGGGACUCACUGAAGGCAAAGCCCCGCCUCCUCAUUCUCCCGGACCCACCCCCGGCCGAGCCUUAUAAUGAGCAGCGCACACAGUAGGCUCAGUACCCAGAGCGGAGGCGCAGGAGGAGCGGUGCCCGGGGAGGCAGCAGAGAUGCCGGCCACAGAGAAGGACCUGGCGGAGGACGCUCCGUGGAAGAAGAUCCAGCAGAACACUUUCACUCGCUGGUGCAACGAGCACCUGAAAUGCGUCAACAAGCGCAUCGCAAACCUGCAGGUGGACCUGGGCGACGGGCUGCGACUCAUCGCCUUGCUGGAGGUGCUGAGCCAGAAGAAGAUGUACCGCAAGUACAACCAGAGACCCACCUUCCGCCAGAUGCAGCUGGAGAACGUGUCCGUGGCCCUCGAAUUCCUGGACCGGGAGAACAUCAAGCUCGUAUCCAUAGACAGCAAAGCAAUUGUAGAUGGGAACCUCAAACUUAUCCUGGGUCUUAUCUGGACCCUCAUUCUGCACUAUUCCAUCUCCAUGCCCAUGUGGGAUGAGGAAGAGGAUGAGGAGGCAAAGAAACAGACCCCAAAGCAAAGGCUGCUGGGAUGGAUUCAAAACAAGCUGCCUCAUCUCCCUGUCACCAACUUCAGCCGGGACUGGCAGAGUGGCCGAGCUCUGGGUGCCCUUGUGGACAGCUGCGCUCCUGGUCUUUGCCCAGAUUGGGACUCCUGGGAUGCCACCAAGCCUGUGGAUAAUGCACGUGAGGCCAUGCAGCAGGCAGAUGACUGGCUGGGAAUACCACAGGUGAUCACCCCUGAGGAAAUAGUCGACCCCAAUGUAGAUGAACACUCAGUCAUGACCUACCUGUCACAGUUCCCCAAGGCCAAGCUGAAACCUGGUGCUCCACUAAGGCCAAAACUGAAUCCCAAAAAGGCAAGAGCUUAUGGACCAGGUAUUGAACCAACUGGAAACAUGGUGAAAAAGCGUGCAGAAUUUACAGUUGAGACCAUCAGCGCUGGAAUGGGGGAGGUGCUGGUAUAUGUAGAAGAUCCCGCAGGACACAGAGAAGAGGCCAAAGUUACAGCAAACAAUGAUAAGAACCGAACCUUUUCUGUCUACUAUAUCCCCAAAGUAACUGGGUUGCAUAAGGUAACUGUCCUGUUUGCUGGUCAGCAUAUUGCAAAGAGUCCCUUUGAAGUAAAUGUGGACAAAUCCCAUGGUGAUGCCAGCAAGGUUACCGCCCAAGGUCCUGGUCUGGAACCCAGUGGAAACAUUGCGAAUAAGACCACUUACUUUGAGAUCUUUACUGCAGGUGCUGGGGUAGGAGAAAUAGAAGUGACCAUUGUUGACCCCAACGGGAAGAAAGAUACAGCAGAUGUGCAGCUGGAAGAUAAAGGCAGCAGCACGUACCGCUGCACCUACAAACCGACCAUGGAAGGAGUAUAUACAAUCUACAUAACCUUUGCUGGUGUUCAGAUCCCAAAAAGUCCAUACACUGUUACUAUUGGACAAGCUUGCAAUCCCGCCGCCUGCCGUGCUGUGGGCCGUGGCUUGCAGCCAAAGGGUGUACGCGUGAAGGAGACGGCGGAUUUUAAGGUUUAUACUAAAGGCGCAGGAAGCGGUGAACUUAAAGUUGUGGUCAAGGGACCAAAGGGUACAGAGGAACGUGUCAAGCAGAAGGACCUAGGAGAUGGUGUGUAUGCCUUUGAGUACUAUCCAGCUACACCUGGGAACUAUAUUGUUACCAUCACAUGGGGCGGACAGAAUAUCCCCAGAAGUCCAUUUGAGGUAAAAGUUGGCACUGAAUGUGGACAACAAAGAGUUCGAGCAUGGGGCCCUGGUCUUGAAGGAGGGGUGGUUGGAAAAUCAGCUGACUUUGUUGUAGAAGCAAUCGGUGAUGAUGUUGGGACUCUCGGGUUUUCUGUGGAAGGUCCAUCUCAAGCUAAGAUCGAGUGUGACGAUAAAGGAGAUGGGUCCUGUGAUGUGCGCUACUGGCCACUGGAACCUGGAGAGUAUGCGGUGCAUGUUCUGUGCAACAAUGAGGACAUCAAACUGAGUCCUUUCAUGGCUGAUAUCAAACCAGCCCCCAAAGACUUCUACCCAGAGAAGGUCAAGGCCUAUGGUCCUGGGCUAGAGAAGACUGGGUUGGCAAUAAACAAACCAGCAGAGUUCACUGUUGAUGCCAAACUUGGAGGAAAGGCUCCUCUCAAGGUGUCUGUGCAGGAUUCUGAAGGCACUCCAGUGGAUGUCACAACCAAAGAUAAUGGAAAUGGCACAUACAGCUGCAGUUAUUUGCCAAAGAAACCUCUGAAACACACAGCUGUGGUGUCUUGGGGUGGGGUGAACAUUCCCAACAGUCCUUUCAGGAUGACUAUUGGUGCUGGAAGCCACCCUAACAAGGUGAAGGUUUAUGGACCUGGUGUUGCUAAGACUGGCCUGAAAGCUCAUGAACCAACCUACUUUACUGUGGAUUGCACAGAAGCUGGUCAAGGUGAUGUGAGUAUUGGAAUUAAAUGUGCCCCAGGAGUUGUGGGCCCGGCUGAGGCGGACAUAGACUUUGACAUUAUCCGCAAUGAUAAUGAUACAUUCACCGUGAAGUACACUCCUCCUGGAGCUGGGAGCUACACCAUCAUGGUCCUGUUUGCUGACCAGGCUACUCCAAUGAGUCCAUUCCGUAUCAAGGUUGAUCCAUCACAUGAUGCAAGUAAAGUUAAGGCAGAAGGACCUGGACUAAAUAGAAGUGGUGUAGAAAUUGGAAAACCAACUCAUUUCACAGUUAACACCAAGGCUGCUGGAAAAGCCAACCUAGACGUGCAGUUUACAGGUCCAGCCAAGGGAGAGGCUGUGAAGGACUUUGAUGUUAUUGACAACCACGAUAACACCUACACCGUAAAAUACACUCCAGUGCAACAGGGUAACAUGGGUGUAAAUGUGACCUAUGGUGGUGACCAUAUUCCAAAGAGUCCCUUCACCGUUGGCAUUGCCCCAACUUUGGACCUCAGUAAAAUCAAAGUUUCUGGACUUGGUGACAAGGUGGAGGUCGGGAAGGAUCAGGAGUUCACAGUAAAAUCCAGGGGUGCUGGAGGACAAGGCAAAGUGGCUUGCAAGAUCACAGGACCAUCCAACAAGUCUGUUCCUUGCAAGGUGGAACCUGGUCUGAGCCCAGAUAACAGCACUGUCAAAUUCAUCCCUAGGGAGGAAGGCCCAUAUGAGGUAGACGUGACGUACGACGGAGUGCCUAUACCUGGUAGCCCAUUUCCCGUUGAGGCAGUUCCUUCAACAAAUCCUUCAAAGGUCAAAGCUUUUGGACCUGGUCUAAAAGGAGGCAGUGUUGGUUCCUCUGCACCCUUUACUAUUGACACUAAAGGUGCAGGCCAAGGUGGGCUUGGUCUCACUGUUGAAGGUCCAUGUGAAGCCAAAAUAGAAUGUCUAGACAAUGGAGAUGGAACCUGUUCUGUCUCUUACUUGCCUACAGAACGUGGUGACUAUAAUAUCAAUAUCUUGUUUGCUGAUACACAUAUCCCUGGAUCACCUUUCAAGGCUAAGGUUGAGCCAUGUUUCGAUCCUUCAAAGGUGACCUGUUCUGGUCCUGGUCUGGAACAUGCUCAGGUUGGAGAAGCUGGUAAAUUUAAUGUGGACUGUUCAAAUGCUGGCAGCGCUGAGCUUACCAUUGAAAUUAUCUCAGACAAUGGUAUGCAAGCCGAAGUACACAUCCAGGACAAUGGGGAUGGAACUUACACCAUUACAUACAUCCCACUGUACCCAGGGGUCUACACUAUCACCAUUAAGUAUGGAGGACAGAUGGUGCCCAACUUCCCAAGUAAGCUGCAAGUUAAACCUGCCAUUGACACCUCUGGGGUUAAAGUCUAUGGACCAGGAGUUGAAGGGAAAGGGGUUUUCAGAGAAGCUACUACAGAUUUCAAUGUGGAUGCUCGGGCUCUAACUAAAUCUGGAGGGCCUCAUCUCAAGACCGUGGUCUCCAAUCCUUCUGGCAACUUUACUGAGGCAUUUGUGCAAGACAACGGAGAUGGCACAUACAAAGUGGAAUAUACUCCAUAUGAAGAGGGAAUCCACUCUGUUGAUGUAAUCUACGACGGAAGCCCAGCCCCAAAAAGUCCCUUUGUGGUCCCUGUGACAGAAGGGUGUGAUCCAAGCCGUGUCAGAGUCCAUGGCCCUGGCAUUGUGAGCGGUACCACAAACCAACCAAACAAAUUCACUGUGGAGACAAGAGGAGCUGGUACAGGAGGGCUUGGCUUGGCUGUUGAAGGUCCAUCAGAAGCAAAGAUGUCCUGUACCGAUAACAAGGAUGGCAGCUGUUCUGUGGAAUACGUACCGUACGAACCUGGCACAUACAACCUUAAUGUCACAUAUGGUGGACAUCAAGUUCCAGGUAGCCCCUUUAAAGUUCCAGUUAGCGAUGUGGUCGAUAGCUCAAAAGUCAAAUGUACCGGCCCUGGUUUGAGCCCCGGUCUUGUAAGAGCAAACGUCCCUCAGUCAUUCAGUGUGGACACAAGCAAAGCUGGAGUUGCUCCUCUGCAAGUCAAAGUUCAAGGUCCCAAGGGUAUUGUUGAACCAGUGGAAAUUGUGGAUAAUGGAAAUGGCGUCCAGACUGUCAACUAUGUGCCAACUAGAGAAGGACCUUAUAACAUCUCUGUACUUUAUGGUGAUGAUGAGAUACCUCACAGCCCAUUUAAGGUUAGGGUUCUGCCAACUCAUGAUGCAAGUAAGGUGAAGGCAAGCGGACCAGGCUUAAACACCACUGGAGUUCCUGCCAGCUUGCCUGUGGAGUUCACUAUUGAUGCCAAGGAUGCUGGAGAGGGCCUGCUUGCUGUUCAGAUAACUGAUCCAGAGGGCAAGCCCAAGAAGGCUACAAUCCGUGAUAAUCAGGAUGGCACCUAUACGGUGUCCUAUGUGCCUGACAUGACUGGUCGGUACACUAUCCUGAUAAAGUAUGGAGGCGAUGAGAUCCCUUAUUCUCCUUAUCGCAUCCGUGCGCUUCCCACUGGGGACGCCAGCAAGUGCACAGUGACAGUGUCAAUCGGAGGUCACGGGCUAGGUGCCGGCAUUGGUCCAACUAUACAGAUUGGCGAAGAAACCGUAAUAACAGUUGAUGCCAAAGCAGCUGGGAAGGGUAAAGUGACCUGCACUGUGUGCACUCCAGAUGGCACAGAAGUAGAUGUUGAUGUGGUAGAGAAUGAAGAUGGCACCUUUGACAUAUUCUAUACAGCUCCACAACCUGGAAAAUAUGUUAUUUGUGUGCGCUUCGGUGGGGAACACAUUCCCAACAGUCCUUUCCAGGUCACGGCUCUGGACGGCGAGCAAAUGAUGCCUCAGCAGAUGGUUCAACAGCAGUUAGCCCCACCAUACGCUUACCCGGGCAUGCAACAACCCUGGGCUACUGAUCGUCCAGUUAUGGGUGUAAAUGGACUGGAUGUGGCAGGACUUAGACCUUUUGAUCUGGUUAUUCCCUUCACCAUUAAAAAAGGAGAGAUUACAGGAGAAGUGCGAAUGCCAUCAGGGAAGGUGGCCAAGCCUGACAUCACUGAUAACAAAGAUGGAACAGUCACGGUGAGAUAUGCUCCCACUGAAGCUGGACUCCAUGAGAUGGAUAUAAAGUAUGAUGGCAUGCAUAUUCCAGGAAGCCCCCUACAGUUUUAUGUGGAUUAUGUAAACAGUGGCCAUGUUACUGCCUAUGGCCCAGGCUUGAUUCAUGGAACAGUGAAUAAACCUGCUGUCUUCACUGUGAACACUAAGGAUGCUGGAGAAGGUGGCUUGUCACUAGCUAUUGAGGGCCCCUCCAAAGCAGAGAUCAGCUGCACAGAUAACCAGGAUGGGACCUGCACAGUUUCUUAUCUCCCUGUGCUCCCUGGAGACUACAACAUCCUAGUCAAGUAUAACAACAAGCAUAUUCCGGGAAGUCCAUUUGUUGCUAAAAUAACAGGAGAUGAUUCUAUGCGUAUGUCCCAGCUGAAGGUUGGGUCUGCAGCAGACAUCCCCCUGAACAUUGUAGAGACAGACCUGAGCCAGCUGACUGCUACAGUGACCUCUCCAUCUGGAAGAGAGGAGCCAUGUCUGCUCAAGAGGCUCAGAAACGGCCAUGUUGGCAUCUCGUUUGUGCCAAAGGAGACAGGCGAACACAUUGUUAGCAUAAAAAAAAAUGGUAUCCACAUCCCCAACAGCCCAAUCACUGUAAUGAUCAGCCAAUCCGAAAUCGGGGAUGCCAGCCGAGUGAUAGUGUCUGGUCAAGGUCUGACUGAAGGGAGGACAUUUGAGCCCGCAGAAUUCAUCAUUGACACCAGGGAAGCAGGUUAUGGUGGACUUAGCCUUUCCAUCGAGGGGCCCAGCAAAGUGGAUAUCAACACAGAAGACUUGGAAGAUGGGACAUGCAAAGUUACUUACUGCCCAACUGAACCUGGAAAUUAUAUUAUCAACAUAAAGUUUGCUGAUCAGCAUGUUCCUGGCAGCCCCUUCUCUGUCAAGGUGACUGGGGAAGGAAGAAUGAAGGAGAGUAUCACUCGAAGACGCACCGCUCCAUCUGUGGCAAACAUUGGUAGCCAGUGUGAUCUGAGCCUAAAAAUACCCGAGAUCAGCAUUCAUGACAUGACUGCCCAGGUCACUAGUCCCUCAGGGAAGAUUCAUGAUGCAGAAAUAAUGGAAAGCGAGAAUAACACUUACUGCAUCCGAUUUGUUCCUUCUGAGAUGGGCGUCCACACAGUCAGUGUUAAGUACAAGGGACAGCAUGUGCCUGGAAGCCCCUUUCAGUUCACUGUUGGCCCCUUGGGUGAAGGAGGAGCCCACAAAGUACGAGCUGGGGGUCCUGGCCUGGAAAGAGCGGAGGUUGGAACACCAGCGGAGUUCAGUAUCUGGACCAGAGAGGCAGGAGCUGGUGGUCUAUCAAUUGCAGUGGAAGGUCCAAGCAAAGCAGAGAUUGCAUUUGAGGACAGAAAGGAUGGUUCUUGUGGAGUGUCCUACAUUGUGCAGGAGCCUGGUGAUUAUGAGGUGUCUGUGAAGUUUAAUGAUGAGCACAUACCAGACAGCCCCUUCGUGGUUCCAGUGGGUUCGACAUCAGAUGAUGCACGGAGACUUACUGUUUCUAGUCUUCAGGAGUCAGGGUUAAAGGUCAACCAGCCAGCCUCUUUUGCAGUAAGUCUAAAUGGUGCCAAAGGAGUUCUAGAUGCCAAGGUCCACAGCCCCUCAGGUGCCUUGGAGGAAUGCUGUGUGACAGAAAUUGAUGAAGAUAAAUAUGCUGUGCGCUUUAUUCCCCGUGAAAAUGGUCUAUAUAUUGUCGAUGUAAAGUUUAACGGCUCCCAUAUACCUGGCAGUCCCUUCAAAAUAAGAGUAGGGGAGCCAGGCCAAGCUGGGGAUCCAGGAAUGGUAUCUGCAUAUGGCCCUGGGUUAGAAGGAGGCACCACAGGCAGUGCUGCAGAGUUCAUUGUCAACACCACAAAAGCAGGCCCUGGGGCACUCACAGUCACAAUUGAUGGCCCGUCCAAAGUCAAAAUGGACUGCCAGGAAUGUGCCGAGGGCUAUAAGGUCACCUACACUCCUAUGGCUCCUGGAAGCUACCUGAUAUCCAUCAAGUACGGGGGACCCUACCAUAUUGUGGGAAGCCCAUUCAAAGCAAAGGUUACAGGUCCUCGCCUAGUGACCAGCCACAGCCUACAUGAAUCCUCUUCAGUCUUUGUUGAUUCUGUCACCAAAUCUGAGGCCUUCACUCAGCAUGCCGCAGCUCCUAGGAUAGCAUCAGACGCCAGCAAAGUAGUGGCCAAAGGGCUAGGACUCAACAAAGCCUUUGUAGGCCAGAAGAACUCUUUCACUGUGGACUGCAGUAAAGCUGGUAACAACAUGCUGCUUGUCGGAGUUCAUGGACCGAAAACCCCAUGUGAAGAGAUAGUGGUGAAGCACCUUGGGAACCGUCUCUACAACGUUACGUACCUCCUGAAGGAUAAGGGGGAUUACAUCCUUGUAGUAAAAUGGGGCGAUGAGCACAUUCUGGGAAGCCCUUACCAUGUGUCUGUGCCUUAAACUGCCACCUACAGAGUCCCCUUUAUCCUAUACCCAUUCCCAUCCAUGUGUGCUCUGCGUGUCCUAUGUACAGCUGCCCUACAUCCAGCCUGGCCUGUUGGGCCUGCUUGGUUUCAGGUCUAUGCAAUAUCUGUAAAAACCUCCUAUGGCACUGAAGGGGCUUAUUGUGAAUGGGUGCAAUAGUUUUAUCUGGAGUAGGGAGAUGGAUGUCGGACACACGUGCUGCGAGCACAGCUAUGAACAAGGCACUUUUUAUCCCAUAACAAUUCAUUUUGGAGACAGCUGCUAAGAUCAGAUGGUUCCAGAUCAUCCCCUUUUUAUGUGCCCCCUUGUAUUUGUUUACAUAUGCCCAUUAUCCUUACUGUAGACUGUUGUGGGGGGUAAGGGUUCGCCAAAUUGGCUGUAGAUUAAGCAAAGUGGGGUGGGAAGGCAAAGAUGCCUAAUUGGGGUCUCCAAAUUGUAGCAGCUGUUUACAAGUAAGUCUUCACUAAAUAAACCACUGCCUGGUGUGGCCCAAAUUUUUAAAAGCCUCACUUUAGUGUUGGGCCAACCUAUCCACUAACCUCCCUCUGCUCUUAACAGCAAAGGGUAAAAGAUUUGUAAUGAACUUGUGAUGGGGCAUGCAGUUUCCUGCUUCCUCCCCAUUCCUGCCCUUAAGUAUAAAGCUGUCUGUAAAUGUUUCAUGUCUGUCCUCAAAGAUGGGUUUGCUUCGGAAUACUUUGUUGGGACGCUUUCCUGGUACACUUGCCAAAGGCCAUUCCAACUGGGGUUUCUUCCAGUUAACCAAAUCUUGUCUUAAAUUUUUUUUUUCUAAAUUUAUUUUUGUUUUUUGUGCACGACUACAGUACAUUGCUCUUAAUGAUAACAAAAUAAAAUUCUGCUUUUAAUCGUC